AGCAUUAGGGUUUAGAGUUGGGAGAGCUGAACAAAGAAAUGUGUCUAUCGAAGAGUUGAGUGCAAAUUCAUUGCGAUAUAUUAUAAUUUAAUUAAAUAAUUAAUUAAUAAUCAGCCACCAUAUUAUAUAGUUUAUAGUAACAGCAAGAAGAGAAGAAACAUAAAAAAGAUAAAAGAAAGAAAGGAAAGUAUUUACGUUGAUUAGGGAAAAAAAUGGCUACCGUCGGUCGUGCUCGUGAAAUUGAUGGAACUGCUAACACUAUUGAGAUCGAUAGCCUCGCGCGUUUCGCCGUUGAUGAGCAUAACAAGAAACAGAAUUCGAUGCUGCAGUUUGGUAAAGUGGUGAAAUCGAAGCAGCAGGUGGUUUCUGGGACAGUGUAUCAUAUAACUCUUGAGGCGAGUGAGGGAGACAAGAAAAAUGUUUAUGAAGCGAAAGUUUGGGAGAAGCCUUGGUUACAAUACAAGGAGUUGCAGGAUUUUAAGCUUCUUGAUGAUGCUUCUGCUUAAUUUGGUGGCUGACUUGUAGUACAUUAAACUUGGAAAGAAAAAUAUCAAGAAAUUGAAGCAUUAUUCAGUAUAAAAUAAAUGUAACUUAUGAAUUGGGUUGUGACCUUGCAAAUGUUUGUGUAAAUUAUUCUUUCUUAUGGAUGGUGCAACUUGGUGAAGUUCUUGUAGAUUGGUGCGAAGUGAUGCAUUGGUCUAAUGAAGCCUUCAUAAAAUAUGCAUGCUAAUUGUGUGAAAUAAAUUUAUUGUGUUAUAUGUUUAAAAUA